ACAUCAACAGCAAAAAUGUAUUGCGUGAUCGUGAUUGUCGUUUUAGCGAAUUUAUUCUGGACUGGCAGUGGGGUAGUAAUCAGUAAUUUGGAAUUCAAAUCUGAUGAAGGCAACCACAUCGUCGCGCACGAUAAUGACAAUUGUAUCGGCUAUGAGUUUUGGUUCGAUAAGAAAAUGUCAUGGGACGAAGCCGCGGAUGCAUGUGGAUGUAAAUUGGCAGUGGUCAAUGACAGGUCUCUUUUCAAUAAGUUAAGAAGAUUUAUUAACCAGGUAAUGCUAGAUAAUCGCUUACAAAAACCAAAAAAUAAAGGUUACUGGAUUGGGGCAAGUGAUAAAGCUGAGGAAUUAUCUUUCGAAUUUUAUUGCGACUCUUCCACAAGCAGCGGAAUUACGCUACCUCUUGAAUAUCCGCCUUGGUAUGAAGAUCAACCAAACAAUCACAUGAGAGACGGAAUUGGUCAGAAUUGCGUUCAAAUGUGGAAUCGUGAUGGCAAUAAUGCCUUUAAAUUGGACGAUGACUGGUGUGCCGAUGAAAAAUCGUUUAUCUGUCAAUUUCCCUUGAGCUGCUGCAGUCCUAAGUGA